CUGUUCUAAGAUGCGAGAGAUAGAGAUCAAAGCGAAAGGACAUAAUCUUCGCCGCGUGAGCAGAUCCUACUUCCUUACUUCAUCCUUUUUCUCUCUCUAUCUAAUCUUCCCUUCUUAAUUCUUAAUCCAAUUUCAUUUGGGUUUUUCUUUUUUUCUGAAAUUCUUCUCUCUCAGAUUCUCUCUCUGUUUCCUCUUCACUCACUCAACGCAACUGUGGAAUCUGGAAUGUUCAAUCCCAUCUUUCGCACUGGACUCAACCCACUACCACAAAUAAAGUAACUAUCACCAAACCCGAACCAAACCACCAAUUGCUUCUCUUCCUUUGAUUCCCUUUGUUUAAUUAAAACAAAACAAACACACUGUUUUUUGUUGUGGGUUUUUCGUUUUUCGUUUUAAUUUUCUUUCCCCUUCUCUCUUCUUCCCUUUCGCCACCAACUCCGGUGGUGGGCACUGCCCAGCGCCACCACCACACUUCUGGGCCCACCUUUCUUUUCACUCACACAUACGAACCCCUUUAUCCCUUUCUCUCUCUGUCUGUCCAUCUCUUAUUAUCUCCUUCUCUUCUACGCCUUCUCAUUUCCACACAAGGAUACAAUCUCCUCCUCCUCUCUCUCUCUCUCUCUCUCUCUCUCUCUCUCUCUCUCUCUCUCUCUCUCUUUCUCUUCCUUUUUCUUGUUUAUCCCUCUAGCACUGGCGUUGAUUAUGACCGGGGCUAGCUAGUUUUUGCUAAGGGGACUCACUUUACCGUAUGCGGGAAUCCUUCAAGAUAUGCGUUUCUAGUCGAUUUUUCAAUGGUGGCUACUGAAGAUUGAAGUUUUUGGAAGGCAAAGAUGAAAACUUUGUUAGGGUGAUUUGUGAGGGGAGGACUCAUUUACUUUGAGAUCGGCGUCUAAUUGGGAUUCUCCUCUUUCUUCAAUCUGGGUUUUGUUUCAGUUCAGGAGUUGAAAAAUUGCAGUGCUUUUGUAAACGAUGGACACCGCUGGUAGACUCAUUGCUGGGUCUCAUAAUAGAAAUGAGUUUGUUCUGAUCAAUGCAGACGAGACUGCUCGGAUCAAGUCUGUGAAAGAAUUGAGUGGGCAAACAUGUCAGAUUUGUGGAGAUGAAGUAGAGUUAACUGCCGAGGGAGAGCUCUUUGUUGCCUGUAAUGAAUGUGCUUUUCCAGUUUGUAGACCUUGCUAUGAGUACGAGAGAAGAGAGGGAAAUCAAGCUUGUCCGCAGUGUAAAACCAGAUACAAGCGCAUUAAAGGCAGUCCUAGGGUUGAAGGUGACGAGGAUGAAGAUGAUAUUGAUGAUUUGGACAAUGAGUUCGAUUAUGGAAACCUCGAUGAUUUUGGCCCUCGCCAUGCUGCUGAAGGAUCAUAUGGAUCGCACCUUAACUCUGGCCGUGGUUCCCACCCUAAUGCAUCUCAUAUCCCUGGACAGUCAGAGCAUGAACCUUCUCCUCUUGGUUCUGAGAUUCCCCUCCUGACAUAUGGUGAGGAGGAUUAUGAAAUUUCUGCCGAUCAACAUGCCCUUGUACCCCAUUUUAUGGGUAAUGGAAAUCGAGUCCAUCCAAUGCCUUCUCCUGAUCGAUCAAGUCCUUCACAAUGUAGACCAAUGGUUCCCCACAAAGAUUUUGCAUUAUAUGGUUAUGGGAGUGUGGCAUGGAAGGACAGAAUGGAAGAUUGGAAGAAGAAGCAAAAUGAUAAACUUCAAGUAGUGAAACACCCAGGGGUUGAUGAUGGGAAUGAUAUCGACGAUCCUGAUUUGCCCAUGAUGGAUGAAGCUAGGCAGCCUCUAUCAAGGAAAUUGCCCAUCUCUUCAAGCAGGAUAAAUCCGUACAGAUUAAUCAUCUUGCUUCGUCUUGUUAUUCUCGGCCUGUUUUUCCAUUACAGAAUUCUUCAUCCAGUUGAAGAUGCCUAUGGCCUGUGGCUGACUUCAGUAAUAUGUGAAAUAUGGUUUGCUGUAUCGUGGAUUCUUGAUCAGUUCCCAAAAUGGUAUCCAAUUGAAAGAGAAACUUAUCUUGAUCGGCUUUCACUAAGGUAUGAAAAAGAAGGGAAACCUUCUGAAUUAGCCAGUGUGGAUAUAUUUGUUAGUACUGUCGAUCCAACGAAAGAACCUCCUUUGAUCACUGCAAAUACAGUACUUUCCAUCCUUGCAGUCGACUAUCCAGUUGAUAAAGUUGCAUGCUAUGUCUCAGAUGAUGGUGCAGCCAUGUUAACAUUUGAAGCACUCUCUGAGACAUCUGAAUUUGCAAGGAAAUGGGUUCCUUUCUGUAAAAAAUUCAAUAUUGAGCCUCGUGCCCCAGAGUUUUAUUUCUCUCAGAAGAUUGAUUAUUUGAAGAACAAGGUCCACCCAGCAUUUGUCAGGGAAAGGCGAGCAAUGAAGAGAGAAUAUGAAGAGUUUAAGGUUAGGGUGAAUGCUUUGGUCUCCAUGGCUCAAAAGGUUCCUGAGGAUGGCUGGACAAUGCAAGAUGGUACUCCGUGGCCUGGGAACAAUGUUCGAGACCACCCUGGCAUGAUUCAGGUUUUCCUUGGCCAAAAUGGAGUUUGUGAUGUUGAAGGAAAUGAGCUACCACGUUUGGUUUAUGUUUCUCGUGAAAAGCGGCCAGGGUUCGAACAUCACAAAAAGGCUGGUGCCAUGAAUUCACUGGUUCGGGUCUCGGCAGUUCUCUCAAAUGCUCCUUAUCUUCUCAAUGUUGACUGUGAUCACUACAUUAACAAUAGCAAGGCACUUAGAGAAGCUAUGUGUUUCAUGAUGGAUCCUACAUCUGGAAAGAAAGUUUGUUAUGUGCAGUUUCCUCAAAGGUUUGAUGGGAUCGAUCGACAUGAUAGAUAUUCAAACCGGAACGUAGUAUUCUUUGAUAUUAACAUGAAAGGAUUAGAUGGACUACAAGGACCAAUAUAUGUUGGUACAGGAUGUGUUUUCCGUAGGGUUGCCCUCUAUGGAUAUGAUGCUCCUUCCAAGAAAAAACCCCCAAGCAAAACAUGCAACUGUUUGCCAAAAUGGUGCUGUCUGUGUUGUGGGUCUAGGAGCAAGAAAGGAAAGGCCAAUAAUUCAAAAAAGAAGAAGACAAAGCACAGAGAAGCAUCAAAGCAGAUCCAUGCACUUGAGAAUAUCGAGGAGGGAAUCGAAGACCUAAGUAUAGAGAAAUUAAAUGCGUCUGAAAUAAAAUUGGCAAAAAAGUUCGGGCAAUCUCCAGUGUUUGUUGCCUCAACCCUGUUGGAAAAUGGUGGAGUUCCCCAUGAUGUGAGUGCUGCAUCUCUCCUAAGAGAAGCCAUUCAAGUCAUCAGUUGUGGUUAUGAAGAUAAAACAGAAUGGGGGAAAGAGGUUGGCUGGAUUUAUGGUUCUGUGACUGAAGAUAUCUUGACUGGAUUUAAAAUGCACUGUCACGGCUGGCGGUCUGUGUAUUGUAUUCCCAAGAGACCCGCAUUUAAAGGAUCGGCUCCAAUCAAUCUCUCAGAUCGUCUACACCAAGUUUUACGGUGGGCUCUAGGAUCUGUUGAGAUAUUCUUGAGCAGACACUGUCCUAUCUGGUAUGGCUAUGGAGGUGGGUUGAAAUGUCUGGAACGAUUUUCAUACAUAAACUCAGUGGUCUACCCGUGGACCUCAAUCCCAUUGCUUGUUUACUGUAGUCUGCCAGCUAUCUGUCUUCUCACUGGAAAAUUUAUUGUUCCCGAGAUUAGCAAUUAUGCUAGUCUUAUUUUCAUGGCACUCUUCAUUUCAAUUGCUGCGACCGGUAUUCUUGAGAUGCAGUGGGGUGGUGUCGGGAUUGACGACUGGUGGAGAAACGAACAAUUCUGGGUUAUUGGAGGUGUUUCGUCACAUCUUUUUGCUCUCUUCCAAGGUCUACUCAAGGUUUUAGCUGGUGUUAGUACCAACUUCACAGUUACAUCCAAAGCAGCUGAUGAUGGUGAAUUCUCAGAGCUCUAUAUCUUCAAGUGGACAUCAUUGUUAAUACCUCCCACAACCUUAUUGAUCAUAAACAUUGUUGGUGUGAUCGUCGGGAUCUCAGAUGCCAUCAAUAAUGGGUAUGACUCCUGGGGUCCUCUUUUCGGAAGGCUAUUUUUCGCUCUUUGGGUGAUUAUCCACCUCUACCCUUUCUUGAAGGGUUUGUUAGGGAAACAGGACCGGUUACCAACGAUCAUUGUUGUUUGGUCAAUUCUUUUAGCCUCAAUCUUAACAUUACUCUGGGUAAGAAUCAACCCAUUUGUAUCCAAAGACGGUCCUGUUUUAGAAGUUUGCGGGUUGAAUUGCGACUAAGAAACAAGUUGGUUGGGACGAGACAGGAUGAUUAUGGUUUUUGCAGGAAAUUUGACUAAUUUUUGUUGGAAGAAAGUUAAUGCAGUAUGUUGUAGAUAGAGAGAGGGUUGGGUUGGUUGGUUGAAGGGUGAGUAAUUGUUAUUUGUUCUAUAGAUUUCUUUGAUUCUUUUAUUAAAAUUACUCUGGCCUCUGGGUGCUUAAUUAGCCUUUUACUAAAUUGCUCCUUAUUUUUGUCCCAUGAAAAACACAUCAACUUAAUAUAAUUUAUUCCCUUAUCAAAACUCUUGGGGGAUAUGUAAAAUUUGUCUCA